CGUUUCACUGCUCGAACUCCGUCCUUUCUGUUUGGUCUCUGUCCUUGCAGACGGGAUCGAAUUCUGCCUCGUCAAGUUCACUCGUUUCCUCGGUUUUGGGUCUUGGUCGCAAAGUCACCUCGUCGAGAUCUUUCUCUACGCGUACUUUCGUUUCUUCGUCGGCCGUUCUAGCAGAGUUCGGUCUCGGGAAAAGGGAGAUCGACGAGCUUUGCUGGACCAUCUGUCCUUUUCUUUCUGUUCCAUAGAUGCAAACAAAUUGCUUUCUUCGCAUUUCCAUCCCUUCUUUCCGAGAAGACACACUGGACCCCUCCCGGGUGUUCGUUUACAGCGCGCUCUCGGGCACACUCCAUGUGCGCGUCGUUUUUCGUGGAAACUGGAGAGCGGAACUGCUCGAGUUCUUUUCUUUUUUCUCAACUCGAUUCCUGCUGACCCGGUGCGUGUCUCGACCGGUGAUAAUGGCUUCAUUUUCACCUUGAAACUCUCGUUUCUUCCGCGAUGACGGCACACAGCGUCCGCGGCGUAUCGGGUGCCCUCCUGGGGCGGCGCCCAAGCCUGGCGUCCUUCCACCCUCUCGUUUUUCCACACUGUUUUUCUCACUCUCUCUUUCUUGGCUGUCGCCUCACAGCCGCGAAGUCGGUUCUGACCAGGCCUCUUUCUGGACGUUUCUCGCCUUCUCCGUUUUCCAAGUCCAGCACCUGGAACAGAGAGCUUCCGUUCUCUGGUGACGUUCGUAGAGAAACUUGGACUUCGUCCGCAGCAGAAGGCUCGACGCCCAAACAACACAGAGGGAGUCCUCACCUGAGCUUACGCGAGUCGUCGUCUCCGCUGCAGUUUUCUGGGUCUCUCUCCCCUUCGACCUCGGCUCUCAGAAGCUGUGCGCCAAGACCUCUUCUCUGUUCCGUGGGCUCUUCCUCUCCAUCUCCUCCUUCCCUCCUUUCUCUUCGACCUUCUUCUCCCUCUCUUUUCUCUUCUCGUUCGUCGUUCGCCUCUUCUCCCCUGCCUUCUGCAGCUCCACCCUCCGCGUCAUCGUACCUUCCGGCGAGUGUACGCCCACCGCAAAACUAUCGACAUCUUGGCGAUCCACGAGCGGGCCUGUAUCUUCACUUCCUGCCUUUCUGGGCUCGCGUAACUCAACCGCCCUCAGGCGCUCGGUUCUUUCUUCGCGUUCUGCCACUGGCGCCUCUCUGCUGCUCUGCUGUCGCUCCACAUCUUGUCCCGCUCUGGGGCUUCGACUCUCUGGCGCGCGACCUGAUUGGCUGGAGUGUCUACUAUGCCGCGACUCUGCUGGCUUCCUGGUGGGGAAUGCAUGCAGGCAUGCAGUUGGCGCACAUCGGGAGCCCUCGCAGUAGAGGCGACCGGGGACCGAGAAAUGGAGUUCGAUUUGGAUUUGUUGCCUACGGUGUCGCUGCGCUCAUCGCUGCUUCAGGCGCCCAACAAGUGGAAGCUGCAGAGAGCCUGUACUUGCUAGCGAUGGCCUGCGGGCUGCUCCUCGCGGGUGACUUUGCCUCUCACCACGCCAAAAUCGCACCUCUUUGGUUCUGGAAAGAGCGUUUUCUGGGCAUUUCAGUUUGCUUGGCAGCUAUCGGCGCGCUUCUUUUGAGUGAGCAGCUGGGGACCCGCGGCCGCCAGACGCGUUUGGAAUUUUAAGAAACUGAGGAAGGCCUUUGGUCUGAUGCGUCAGCAGCGAGGGUCUUGCAUGCAGGCGUUGCAUGCGCAUGCGCGCACCGCUGCAGGUGUAGAUGCCUUUUUUUCGAUGUCGAGAUCGCGUUCUUGAAGCUCGGAUGUCCGGUCGAGACACGGGGGAGAGAGAUUCUCGCACAGCCACAGAACUGGGAGAAAGAGAGGAAAAGAUGUUUGGACCAGUUUCGCCC